AUGUCAGUCCAGGACCCGUCCCCGUCCCCGGCGGCGCGGCCCAAGCGCACGUCGUCGGCGCCGAUCCGGCCCCCCGACUACGCGCACAGCCCGGCGCAUCACUGCGUCGCGAUGCGGGACGCCGCCGGUCUGUCCGCCAUCCUCGCCGGCCUCCCUCCCCUCGCCCACCCGUCGCGCAUCCUCUCCGCCGCGGACGCCUCGCGCGAGGCCCGCCUCGCGGCAUCCGUCUCCGCGGCGCUCGACCGCCGCGACGUGCCAGGCGGGGACACCGCGCUCCACCUCGCCGUGCGGCUCCGGCUCCCCUCCCUCGCGUCCGCGCUCGCCGCCGCCGGCGCGGACCCCACGCUCCAGAACCACGCCGGCUGGACGCCGCUCCAGGAGGCGCUCUGCCUCGGCUGCAAGGAAAUCUCCGCCUUCCUCCUCCGCGCGCACCGGCUGGCGGCCUGGGCCAAGCUCCGCCGCCGGGCGCCCGCGCUCUCCGCCGCGCUCCGCCGGGUCCAGGACUUCUACCUCGAGGUGGACUUCCACUUCGAGAGCUCCGUCGUGCCGCUGCUCUCGCGCGCCGCGCCCUCCGACACCUACCGCAUAUGGAAGCGCGGCGCCAACCUGCGCGCCGACACCACGCUCGCCGGGUUCGACGGCCUCCGCAUCCGCCGCGCCGACCACUCCUUCCUCUUCUUCGGCGAGGAGACCGACGCCGGCGGCCGCCUCCUCCCGCCCGGCUCGCUCCUCGUGCUCCACCGCGGCAAGCGCGAGGUGCACGACGCCUUCGCGGCGGCCGCCGCCGCCGGCGACGAGGACGCGGCCACCUCCGACGCCGCCGCCUACCGGCCGGGCCUCAACAUCACCUCCGCGAGGCUCGUGCCGAGGACCACGUGGCUGCGCAAGGAGAAGAUGGAGAACGUCGGGGAGUGGAAGGCGCGGGUCUUCGACGUCCACAACGUCGUCUUCUCCUUCCGCACGCUCAAGGCUGCCAGCGCCGGCCGCAAGGACUUCACAUUCGAGCUCGCAGUAGAUGAGGACGACGAGUUCUUGCCGCUGGAGAUCCGGGAUGACGACGAGGACGGCGACUUCUUGGUCGCGGACAUCCCCCCGCCCCCGUCGCGGCGCAGCUGCUACGUGCCCGGCCGGCGCAGCGUCGCAGGGCCGCCCUCGCACAUGGGGACGCCGCAGAGGAGGAGGAACAGCGUGGACGUGCCGCGCCGGCUGCCGACCUGCGCGUCAGUGGGCCGCGGCGAGGACAGCAUGUUCGGCCGGCCCGCGGCCACCGGGGGAACCAAGUGGAAGGAGGAGGAGACGGUGAAGACGCUGCGGCCGACUGUCUGGCUCACAGAGGAUUUUCCUCUGAGCGUCGACGAGUUCUUGCCGUUGCUGGACAUCCUGGCGACCCGGGUGCGCGCCGUUCGCCGCCUCCGUGAGCUGCUCACCACCAAAUUUCCACCGGGGACAUUCCCUGUCAAGGUUGCGAUCCCUGUUGUUCCAACUGUCAGGGUAGUCAUAACUUUCAACAAGUUCGUCCCCCUUGUGGAGCCAGAGGAGUUCUUCACGCCGAUGUCGAGCCCCAGCCUAUUGGCGAGCCCAGGUCCAGGCUCCAUCAUGCCUAAGCCAGACGUCCACAAGAGCUCCUAUCUGAGGUGGACGUCGAAGAACUCCAGAGCAAAACCAGUGAACCUGUCGCAGGUCGCGGACAACACCGACCCCUUCACCAUACCCAGCGACUACACCUGGGUAAACCUGGGUUCCAGCAAGAGCAAAGACAAGAAGUCAUCCAAGACCAGUAAAAAAGGCAAGAGCAAAGAGACCUAACUGUCUAGCGGUGUCUAGAGUUAGUGUGGAGCUAAUACACCAUUGCUCAGAAGGCCAGAACCUGUAAUUACCGAGCAUCUGGGAUGAGCCUCCUAAAUACCUAGAGUUAGCGUGUACUGUAUUUGCCAGGAAACAGCUGGUGUGGAACCAGGUCUGCUGAUUUUCAUUUCCUCUUUAUGUUUGCCUCUUGUUCACUGACUGUUGUUCUUCAGCAAUGUUGUUGUAAAAACUGGGCGGCACCAAAUUGCAGAAGCUGCUAUUUUAGAUGCUACAAGGAUUCCUUCAGUUCUUCUAUAUCUA